CUAACAAAUGCAAAGUCCCAAAGAUAGUCCACAAUAAACCCUUAAGUUCGCGAUAUAUUCGACUCAGUCCAUUCAAAUAAACCAUGAGUUGUGAAGAAGAAGUCGUUAAGAUCGGGAAAAAGCUGGAAAAGAUGAUAUCAAACAAUAGCACCGAUCACAGUUCAUCAGCAGACUUACUGAAGAAGCUUAAAGACAUAAAAAUGAAUUUAAAUGUGUUACAGAAAACUAGAAUUGGAAUGACAGUAAAUAAUUUCCGAAAGGCAUCAAAAGAUGAGGAUGUCAUUAGUGUAGCCAAAUCACUAAUCAAAGGCUGGAAAAAGCUAUUACCGUCAGGAGAUAGUAGUUCGUCACAAGGUGCUGCAAAAACAGAAAGUAAAAAAGACAGUAAUGGUGACACCCAGUCAUUAUCUCAAAGUGCAGGCAACUCACCGUCCUCUGAGGAGAAGCCAGCGGAGAAUGUUGACAGUGCCUUCUCCUCUUGUACAGCAGCACAUACCUCCGACCCAACACGUCUCAAGUGUAGAGAACUCCUUGGCAAUGCUUUGAAAGUUACAGAUGACUUGCAUCCAGAGGGCUUGGAUGGAAUGGGAGAUCCGGAAAACAUCGCAGGUCAUAUUGAAGAACACAUUUUUAAUGAAUUUGACAACACAAGUGUCAAAUACAAAAACAGAGUGAGAAGUAGAGUUGCCAAUUUGAGAGAUUUAAAAAAUCCACAGCUGAGGGAGAAUGUCCUGUUGGGGCUGAUAACCCCAGAAAAGAUCGCAAAGAUGACGGCAGAGGAGAUGGCUAGUGAUGACAUGCAGGAACUACGUCGUAAAUACACUAAAGAAUCUAUCGAUGAUCAUCACAUGGCUACGACCAGUGGUACCAAAUCUGACCUGUUCAAGUGUGGAAAGUGUGGAAAGAAAAACACAACAUAUACACAGCUUCAAACAAGAAGUUCUGAUGAACCUAUGACGACGUUUGUGUUCUGUAAUGAGUGUGGAAACAGAUGGAAGUUUUGCUAGUGAAAAAGAAGAGGAGACAUUUGAGUGCGUACUGAAUCCUUUAUGUUGGCUAGACCAGAACAUUGAUGUGUUGGCGUGACUUCUCCAUUCAACUUAUCAUUAAUUGUUCGGAACACUUUAAAAUUUAUCUAAUUGGUAAAAAAAAAUAAGUUUCUGAAAGAUGAGAAUUAUUGUUUGAAAAAGUUCCAACCAUUUAAAUGAUGGUGACACCAAAAUGUUUCAGUGCUGUAUGAGCAAGUUGUCAUAAUGGCCAUAUGAUCAGGUAUAUAUGUAAGGCUACAGGAGGUCGUGGCCUUCUUAAUGCUUCAUACAAUCAAACAUACGGUCUGAUUUCUACUGGAGAUUGUUGCCUCCUUAAUACAAAUAAAAGUAAGGUCUGAUUUCUACUCAAGAUUGUGUCCUCCUUCAUAAAACAACAGUAGGGUUUGCAAUACCUAAUGGACACAGGGCCAGGUAUUGUACAUACAAACAGUAUGGAUUGUCAUACCUUAAGGACACAGGUCUAGGUAUUGUACAUACAAACAGUAUGGAUUGUCAUACCUGAAGGACACUGGAUCAGGUAUUGUACAUACAAACAGUAUGGAUUGUCAUACCUGAAGGACACAUGUCUAGGUAUUGUACAUACAAACAGUAUGGAUUGUCAUACCUGAAGGACACAGGGCCAGGUAUUGUACAUACAAACAGUAUGGAUUGUCAUACCUGAGGGACACAGGGCCAGGUAUUGUACAUACAAACAGUAUGGAUUGUCAUACCUGAAGGACACAGGGCCAGGUAUUAAACAUACAAACAGUAUGGAUUGUCAUACCUGAAGGACACAGGUCUAGGUAUUGUACAUACAAACAGUAUGGAUUGUCAUACCUGAAGGACACAGGUCUAGGUAUUGUACAUACAAACAGUAUGGAUUGUCAUACCUGAGGGACACAGGGCCAGGUAUUAAACAUACAAACAGUAUGGAUUGUCAUACCUGAAGGACACAGGUCUAGGUAUUGUACAUACAAACAGUAUGGAUUUUCAUACCUGAAGGACACAGGGUCAGGUAUUGUACAUACAAACAGUAUGGAUUGUCAUACCUGAAGGACACAGGGCCAGGUAUUAAACAUACAAACAGUAUGGAUUGUCAUACCUGAAGGACACAGGGUCCGAUAUUGUAUAAAUUUUUAAGUCUACUAGAGAUUGUGGUCUCCCACCUGUUGCAUACAAACAACAGUAAGGAUUGAAACCUACUGGAGUUUGUGGUCUCUCACCUGUUACAUACAAACAACAGUAAGGAUUGAAAUCUACUGGAGUUUGUGGUCUCUCACCUGUUAUAUACAAACAACAGUAAGGAUUGAAAUCUACUGGAGUUUGUGGUCUCCCAUCUUCUACAUUUAAUAGUCUGUAGGAGUUUGAUUAGGGAUUGGAACAACUGGAGGAAUAUUAAUGGGAAUUUGCUUGUUGUCCUUUUUGGCAAAUAUAAGUUUGCAAAAUUUUACUUCAUUAAGAUGUAUUCUGAUCUCAUUAUACAUGUCAUUCAUUUUGAAUCAUAACAAUUUUGUAAGAUUUAGAGGGGAGACAUUUGUGGUAGACUGUUCUACACUUUAGUUAUUUUUGUUUAUUUUGUUCUAAAUAGUUUAUUGGUUUAACCUUACCGGAGGUAUCCAGUGUGAAACAGAGAUAGAUGUAUGGUUGUGGUCAUGGUCUUGUGUUAAAUUUAAAAGUCUGUAGGUUUUUUUUCCCUCUGAAAAUUUAAGCAAAUGGAAAGGAAACACUGGCUUGUUCACUGAUAUGGUGUAUGAUCCGCACGAAUUAUCAUGAAAGGUUUGUAUUGAGGAAUAAAUAGAAAUACCUCUGUUAAACCCAGAGGAAACAGAUAUUAGAUUUCAGAAUAAUUUCACUUUCUUUAGUCAUCUUUUCAGAAAAAAAUUAAAAGUCAGUUUUAGUGAUGUUUUAUUCAAAUUUAGUUCAAUAUAAUUUGCUUCUUAAUUUCAUGCCUUGAUUUUUUGGUGUUCAGAUUGAAAUGAUAUAGAGAAUAUCUUAGCUGUAUAUAAAUAUGUAUACAAAAAUAUUUCUGAUUUUCUGAACAUGGGAAAACAUCUUGAAUGACACUAUCAAGUCAUUAUUCUGCUUCAGAUAUAAUCCACCAUGUCCUUAAAAAACAAACCAAACUGAUGUUCUAUGUAGCUUUUUAGCCAUCAUGAUGUUCAUGGUAUCACGAGCUGCUCAAAACCCAUGAAGCUAUUCAUUCUAGAAUAUUUAUUAAUAUUAAAAGACUACUUCUCAAGAAAAGCAAAAUAGAUUCGAAACAUUUUGUUUUGUGGUCCUGAGGUUUGAGUGUUCAUUUUUCAUCAGUUUCAAUAUCUUGUCUUUUCUAAGAUAUAUUUACAUUUUUGCAAAUCCUGAUUCGUUUCUAUUUUGAAAUUUCAGGAGACGUGCUAGAUAUUAGUGUAAGAAUUCUGGCAUGUUUUAAGCAGAAAUAUCCGUGAUUUUCAUAUUCAUUUGUUCUGUAUCACUGAUUGAAGUUACACAUGUUUUGGGCGUUGAUUUUGUUUUUGCAUACAGACUGUAGGUGUUGCCUGUCUUCAACCUUGCAUUUGAUACAGAAUGACGUUUCAAUUUCCCAGUCUGUUAUAACUUAUGUUUCAGAUCAUUUUGUACAGGUUAAAUGUAAUAAUUUGAAAACAAACACAGCAUUACAUGAGAGUACAUGAUUGUCGACAUCUUGUAAACCACUAACCGCCAGCAUAGCGUAUGGAUUUGUUUGUGUGUUAAUAACUAAAGGUGUUGUAAGAUAUCUAUCAAACAUACGUUAUUAAACAGUUAAUGUUGAGAAAUAAAAAGGCAGAGGUUUUGUGGUAAAA